UGGGGCUCGUGGACUGUCACUGCCAUCUCUCCGCCCCGGAGUUUAACAGCGAUCUGGAUGAAGUGUUGGAGAAAGCCAAGAAGGCUCAUGUCACGGCUCUGGUGGCAGUUGCUGAACAUGCAGGAGAAUUUGAAAGGAUUAUGCAACUUUCAGAAAGGUAUACUGGAUUCAUCCUGCCAUGUCUGGGAGUUCACCCAGUUCAAGAACUUUCACCAGAAGAACCAAGAAGUGUGACAUUAAAGGAUUUGGAUGUAGCUUUGCCUAUUAUUGAGAAGUACAAGGAUCGGUUGUUGGCAAUUGGAGAGGUGGGGCUAGACUUCUCCCCCAGAUUUGCUGGCACUGAGGAACAGAAAGAAGAACAAAGACAGGUCCUGAUCAGACAGGUCCAAUUGGCCAAAAGACUAAAUGUGCCUUUAAACGUGCACUCACGCUCAGCAGGAAGACCCACCAUCAACCUCUUACGUGAACAAGGUGCUGAACGGGUCCUGCUGCACGCAUUUGAUGGUUGGCCGUCCGCAGCCAUGGAAGGAGUCAGGGCAGGCUACUACUUCUCAAUCCCGCCGUCCAUCAUAAGAAGUGGACAGAAGCAGAAGCUUGUGAAGCAGCUGCCUCUAAGCUCCAUCUGCUUAGAGACAGAUUCGCCUGCUCUGGGACCAGAAAGACAGACACGGAACGAACCCUGCAACAUUUCCAUUUCAGCAGAAUUCAUUGCCCAAGUGAAAGGGAUCUCAGUGGAAGAAGUCCGAGAAGUGACGACACAGAAUGCAUUGAAACUGUUUCCCAAGCUGCAGUACCUGCUCCAGAAAUAGCUUCAAAACCACCCACUACACAGCCAGGGCAGCUCAGGGCAGCACUGAGGAAAACAAGUGUUUGAAUGAACAAUGGUCUGAAAUGAAGAGGCCAUUUUAUAUGGACAGCAGUCAUAGUCUUACAGAAACAUUUCCCUUAAAAACAAAUCCUGGGCUGAGAGAUGGCUCAGCCACUAGGAGCACUCAGUUGCUGCUCUUCCAGAGGACGCGCAGUGCCAGCACCCACGCUGGGUGACUUGUAGCUGCCCUCAACUCCAGAAGAUGCAGCCCCCCUCUUCUGGCCUCCUCUGCCACUAGCACACAGGUGGCAUACCCUACACACACACCUAAACAUGAACAAAAAUAAUAAAAAUAAUGAUUUCUAAAAAUGCUGUUUUUAAAAAAGA